CCUUUAAGUUUCAAAUCAAUAAAACGUCAGCCAUCUGUCAAAGUGUGGUAAAAAAAUCUGGACCUGUUUUUUAUUCUUAUUCAUCUUGAGUUGCGUGUCGUGUGUCUUUGUGCAUAUUUUUCGGUUACGCGAGGUUCCAUAGUUCUUUCCCUUCUUCUUUAGUGAAUGUUAUAAACUCUAAACUUAUCCCCAGAAUGGGGGACUCGUUAGAAGGGACGGAGUCGUCUUCCGAAACGCAAAAUGUGGCACUUGUCGAUUUUACAGCAUUCACAAAUUUCAUUCUUAAAGCAGCAACCGUUCUCCUUCCGGAAGAUGAUGGUCAAGCGGAACCCACAAAUUUGGUAACGGCUCUUGAUGAUAAAGUCAACCAGGAAUAUAUUAGAAAAUUUAUAAGUGAUCCGCAAGUAACAACCUUGUAUAUACAACGGAAUUCAUCAAAAGAUGAUGACAGCGAUCAGCCACCCGAAGGUGAAGAAGAAAAAGAACCGGUCAUGUACUAUGUCAGCAACGAGGUUCACUAUUCCAACUCCAAAAUGUCCAGUCUGGUAUGCAUCAAAAGAGGUCCAGUUGUUGAAGCAGACAAAAGUAUUAGAGCUCAGGUUAGACUGAUGAAUUUUAGUGAAGGAUCACCAUAUGAAAUUUUACAUGACUAUGUUAGCAGAACUGUCGCUCCAUUUUUCAAAUCAUAUGUUAAAGAGUCAGGAAGAGCAGACCGAAAGGGUGGAAACUUUUUACUCGCUGCUUCUUUUCUGACUACGGGCGAAAACUACAAAGCUCAGGAACUGUUCGAAAGAGCAGCCAAAGGAAUUUUUACUGAUACCUUCCUGCAAGAGAGAGUCUUAAAAGGUGCUGAAGACAAUCCGACAAAGGCAUAUAUCAAUUAUUAUUUGAAGGUCAUUCAACUGUUCGAGUUACAUAAGGCCAGAGAUUGUGCAAUAAGUAUUGCAAAUACUGCACUGAGUGUUGUCGAACCAACUGACCCUCUUACGGCCACCCUGUACUCGAUCAAAUUCAAACAUCAGCUUGCCCUGAAACACUACGAGCUCGCUUUCGACUCCCUUUAUUCGAAUCCGGAUGCUGAGCGUAAAAAGGAUAACUUGAGAGACCUAGUAAAAACAUUACUGGACGAAAAAAAGUUGGACAAGUUACUGAACUUCACCUAUGGAAAUUUGGAUGAAUUUUUCACGAAUAUUCUGUUGAGCAGAGCUAGAGCAUCAGACGGAAUCAAUAAUAUCUUCUAUGAUUUUCUUUACUCGUACCAAAUUAAGAGGGGAGCACUUUCUCAUAGAUUAGCUGCUUCUGUAAUGUACGAGCAAGCAUUCAGAUUAAAUCACAUCAAUACUGCAGAAUCUUUGGAAAAGCAAGUGAAAUGCUAUCUAGCGGCUAAAAACGUGUUACAACUCUGUAAACCGGAACAUGCUUGGGUAGUGAGACCAUCUGACCCAGAUGAAGAAGAGGAGGAAAUUGUCAUUCAACCGUUGGCAGGAUCCAAACAGGAACUGAAAGUAGUCAAGCUACAAAAACAGGUUGAAGUAGUCAACAUCGAAGUUAUAAAGACUGAACUGAUUUUCGCAAGCGCUAAACUCAAACUAGCUAGAUUCAAUAGUGCUGCACCGGUGACUAUUACAAGCGCAGUGGAGUUGGUAACUCUUCUCAACAACGCAGGUCUUUUCAAGACCUCAUUGGAAAUUUGUAAGACUUUCAACCUACCAUACAGCAGCGUUUUUGAAACUCUCACCAAACACUGUGUCAAUCUCACUGAACAGGACCAGCCAACUGCUUGGAACUGGCUUGUAGAGAACGACUUACAAGAUCUUCCUGUCAAUAGAGACAGUGCCUCUGAUGUUGUAUGGCAAUUAUUACAGGACUACUUAGAAAAGUACGAGCAGCCAUACAUGACAACUUUACAUUACGUAGUCUGUAAGAAAAUCAUCAAUAUGAGGAUGUACAUACCUCACUGGCUCUUGGCUUCUUACAAGCUUCGAAAUGCUCCUGAACUAUUGCGACUUCUACACGGUUCUGGGAGGUUGGAAGAAGCCAUAGAGGUAGCCAACGAAUAUCUGCUAGCUGCUUUGGGGUACGGCAAAGAAUUCUAUGGGUUUUCAAAGCCUGUGGCUCCAGUUGCUACCACUUUCUGUUUACCAGUCUACGCUAUUCAGAGUUUGAUAAAUGAGCUAGACCUACAUAAUUCAAAGAGAUUGGAACAGCCAUAUAUAAAGGAAUGUGUCAAUCUUAAGUCUGUAUUUUCAAAAUAUUUAGAAACUUCGACCAGGGUUUCCAAUCAAAUGUGCCAGACAGCGUUAACAUCAGGAACGUUGAGAACGAAUAUGCCUUUGAUGAGUUAGUACUUAGAUGUAAUAGUGUAUUGUAGGUUAUUUUUCAUCAUUUAUUAAAAACUAAUUUGAAAACCUA